ACUCAUAUGGUUCAUUUUUAUGCCCCAUAUAUCAUUUAUGUCCCCAUUACUUCUUCUUUCCAUUUUCCAUUUUCCUACGGUCCUACCCUUCCAACGACAAUCUCCCGCCAGAUUUCGAUGGGAGAGAACUCGAUGCUGCUACUCCCGUAAUUGACUCCAACGAGAUGGUAUCCAGGUCGGAAAUGUUUGCUGGGAACUUUACUGCCUCGAGCAUGGUAUUCAGUCCAAUGGCAAUAUGCCUAGUCAUAAGACAUUUGGAGGAGGUGAUGAUGCAUUAAACACCUUCUUUAGUGAAACUGGAGCUGGCAAGCAUGUCCCGCAUGUUUUGUUUCUAGAUCUGGAGCAGACUGUCAGCCUGCAGCUCAUCAGCGGUAAGGAGAAUGCUGCCAACAACUUUGCCCGUGUUCAUUAUACCAUUGGGAAAGAGAUUGUUGACCUCUGCCUGGAUCGCAUCCGCAAACUUGCCGAUAAAUGCAAUGUCUGCAAGGGUUCCUGGUUUUCGAUGCAGUGGGUGGAGGCACUGACUCAUGUCUUGGAUCUCUUCUGCUGGAACGUCUCUUUAUAGACUAUGGAAAGAAAUUCAAACUUGGUUUUAGCAUUUACUACUUCCGUCCCAAAUUGUUUUGCAAAGUCAACACUUUUUGGUCAACCAAUAAUAAAAGUCAAUCCUCUUUAUCGUGAAUUAACUCAAUUUUUAAUAAUUAAAAUUUACAUAUUCAGAAACUACAUUAAAAACUCUGUAAAGUUGCAGACUUCAAAUUAGAAAAUAAUUAAAAAUUAACAUCCUAAUUAAGCAAAUAAAGUGAAACUGUUUGACCAAGAAAAGUCAAAUUUGCAAAUAAAUUUGGGACAGAGAUAGUAUCUUUUACCCCAGGUCUCCACUUUAGUGGUUGAGCCAUACAAUAGUAUCCUCUCCACACACACUCUUCUCGAGCACACACGCUUGGUAGCGCCUCCAGACGUAGUCAUGCGUGGCGAAGUGGGUUACCAAAUUUCGUGUGUUCUUUAUAUUGUUAUUCGUGUUGAGUGCGUUUAUUGCUAACAAGUACUCCGUAUAAAUUUAAUGGGCCAGUUUGGUUGGAAGAUUUUGGAGGUAAAGAGAGGGACUGAUUGAUUUUUUAUUUUACUAAUUUAUCUGAAUUUGUUAGUUUUAUAUACAAUUAUAUGAUCAGUUUGAUCAUGUAUUUUUAUAUACAAUUUUAUCUUACUUAAUUUUAAUUUUUUCUAAAUGUAAAAAUUAUUUAAAAUUAUACUUGGGUAUAUGAUCCAUCCAUGGCGUUCCAUGUCUUAUGAAAUUUAUAAUGGUUCUUUUAUUCCCAUUUCUAUUUUUAAAACAAUCGUUCUUUAACAAAUCAAAGCAUGAUUGGUUCAUAGUUUAAUUUUCGGCCUUUUUUUAAAUAUUACUCUUAAUAUAUCAAUUGCCAUCAAAGUGAUUAGAGUUUCAAAAGUCCAACAAUAUGACUAGCCGUCAGUUACACGUGAACGAAAAAGCAGGGUACAACUAAAAAGGUCGUUAAUGAGGUUCAUUAUUGCUUAAAAAUAGGAAAGAGUUUAAUUGUUGAUAUAUUAUUUCCUUUGUUAUACGUAACUGGCUCGCGGAAUUGUAGGAGAGGCAGACGUGAGUGACGCAUAAACAAUUCUCACACAGGCCCCAGCGAGAAUAAGAUAACGCUGAUACGGGCUUCCUGCAAUCUUUGUUCUAUGCCGCCGAUUCAACGUAAAGGUUUGACUCGGUGCACAGUUGCUCCAUUGAUUGCAGACUUGCUGGAAGUAAACAAGCAACAGCAAUAAUAAUUGGCAAGUUGAUUAAACAUCAAUACAUGGAUGCAUCGCGAAAACCAUAUCCCCCGAAGGCUAUUAUGGUUGAUCUGAAUAGAGAGUUUGGAGUAGAUAUUAACUACAAAAAAGCAUGGAGAGGGAAAGAGAAAGCUUUGACAUCGCUCACUGGAACUGAUUUUGAGUCGUACCAGAAGUUACCACUUUUGUGUUAUAUGAUUGAUAAGACAAAUCCGGAUUCAUUGAUAUCGUUGGAUACGGAUGCAGAAGGUAAUUUCACAUAUUUGUUUAUGUCACUUGGUGCUUCUAGAAAGGGGUGGGCAGCAUGCCGACCUGUUAUUAGUGUUGAUGGAGCUCAUUUGAAAGCAAAAUACAAAGGAACCGUAUUGUCUGCUUGUGCACUAGAUGCCAAUAGACAAAUAUUCCCAAUUGCUUUCGGUUUAUGUGGAAGAGAAAAUAAAGAAACAUGGUCAUGGUUUUUUUUUACUAAAUUGAAAGAGGCAAUCGGUGAGAGGGAGGAUAUGUGUUUUGUUUCGGACAGGAAUGAGGGUUUAAUAAGUGCAGCCAAGGAAAAUUUUCCAAACGUGAAUCAUGGCCAUUGCGUGCAGCAUCUCCUUGGAAAUAUUAUAUCAAAGUAUGGUGGGAAAAAGGAUAGAGUGACAUGUUUUUUUAAUGGUGUUGCACGGGCUCCUACAGAGCAAAUGUGGCAAUAUUAUAUGAAAUUGCUUGAUGCGGAGGAUCCUCGAAUACGUCAUUAUUCGGCAGAAAUUGGGGAGAGGAAAUGGGCAAGGUGGAGGAUUGAAAGACGGCGGUAUUCAAUAGUUACCUCAAAUAAUGCAGAGACAUUAAACUCUAUUGUUGGAAUAGCUAGGGAAUAUCCUAUAGCAAUGUUGGUUGAGUUUCUUAGAACAAAAAUGCAAUCGUGGUUUCAAGCUAGAGGAGAACUAGCCAAUAGUCAGCAAUCCAAGUUGUCCCCGGCAGCGGAGUUAGUGCUAGUCAACCUUCUUAGUGACUCUGCCGGAAUGAUAGUUCGACCUUGCACUGCAUUUACAUUUGAGGUGAUCGAUAAAAGCUGUAGAGCAUAUGCGGUUGACCUUGCUAAGCGGAAAUGUAGCUGCAGAGAGUUCCAACUAGAAGAUUUUGUUUGUGUGCAUGCAGUAGCAGCUAUACGUAAUCGGCCUGGACUUUCUUGUUAUGACUACAUUUCAACUUACUACAAUACAAGUUCAUGGCAAGAAACAUAUAAGUAUGGUGUGCCUCCAUUAAGUUCAUACUCGCCUUAUGAUGCUCCAGAUGGAAUUAGAAGUUGGGUUGUGAAACCACCAAUAUCUGAUAAACGUGUAGCGGGGAGACCAAAAAAGAAAAGGAUUCCCUCUAGAGGUGAAUUUGUUAAAAGGCAAAAAUGUGGAAGAUGUAAGGAACAAGGUCAUAAUCAGAAGACAUGCAACAAUCCAAUACCUAGACAUCAUUGAUUUUAUUUAGAGUUGUUUUCUGCAGUUACGGUUAUUUUUACUUGUAGUGACUAAGUAAUCUCAUAAAUAAGUUUGUUCAACUAUGUCAGGUGACGAGAUGUUUGGGAAACAAUUGUUUUAGAUGAGUUGAUGAUGAUUUGAAAUUAUUUUGGAUAAUUUGGAGCUGGG